UCUGACUGACACCCGCUGAUCUCGCCGACGCCCCCACCGUCCGCGCGCACGCGUGUCUGUGCGCGUGUGUGUCUGUGUCUGUGUGUGUGUGCGCGUGCGUUUCUCCUCUUUAUUUUUUUUUUUUGAAGCCGCCUGCCAAACGGUCGCGGUCUGUCGAUCGAGAUUUGAUUUUUUUUUUCCCGAGCGCGUUCCCGCUGCCGCCGAGGGACGCCUUUGUGCUCGCCUUCGCUUCCCUCUGCGGCUUUUCUGUUCACAGUUUCGUUUAAAAAAAAACAAACAAAAAAGACAACGUUGUGGAUUACAGCGACAAAGGGAAACCUGGUGUCUGGUCACUCACACAAGGUGGAGACUGAGAAGAGGGUGAAAAGGGGAGGGGGGGGGAAGGAGAUGGAUGGAGAGAAGAACGAAAUGAGCGCGGCGAGACGGAGGCGCUCGGAAUAAACCUCUCCGCCUGCCGUUGGUAACGGUCUGCCCCGGGGGGAGAUGGGAAACCGGCGGGAGGACUGACCGACGAGCGCGAAGCACAGACGGAGCUUGUUCUCCCUUUUAUUUCUGCGAUGUCUGCGAGGAGGACGUGACCUUCCUCCGGCCGCCAGAGGAACGGACGGGAGGAGAGGGGCUCGGAAGGAGGGCAGGAGAGCCGUCCCGCGUCCGGAGAGAGAGAGAGAGGGGGGUGCGGAACAGUCCCGUACGCGAGGGGGAGACCAGAGGCGCUGCUUAAAUAUCCGCUCCGAAGUGACGAAGAGCUGAAUUUCUUGCACUGCAUGCCUUCUGGUUCAGUUGGGUUUUUUUGCAGAUGGGGUAAAGAUGGGGUAAGAACACAAUAUUUGAGUUAGAAAUUUUGCAGAGACUUGUUUCUUUUGCACGUCCAUUUUAUUUCAGAACUUUGAGUCGAAGAACAGAAGUUUUUGGUCUGAUUGAUCUGGAAACAGUAAACAGCUUUAGGUCUGGCUGAUCCUGGACUGUUCAUGGUUUUUUGGUUCGACUGCUACGGGGAAGUUAGCGCUUUUUUUGUCCGGCUAACCGAGGACAGCUAGCAGUUUUUGGCCCAGUCUGGAGCCCGGAUCGCCCGCUCACAGGGCCAUGGGCUGCCGGGUGACCGCCCGUCGCCGCGCCGACCGGCCGUAACGUCUAUGGUGUGCGCCCCGAGUCCUGAGCCCAUGAGCCGAUCCGGAACGCUGCAGCGCCGCACCACCUACCUCAUCUCCCUCACCCUGGUGAAGGUGGAGGCGGUGGGGGGGGAUGGGGGCCAGCUGGGGAGGGCGGCGGCGGCGGCGGCGUGGUCCGGGGACGCCCCGGGCGCGGUCCCGUGGGACGAGGAGCAGCCGUUUACCGACGAAGAGGAAGAGGAGACGGAGCUGGAGGAGGGAGAGGAGGAGGAGGAGGAGGAGGACAGCUUGAGCGAGCCCGGGAGGGAGAGGGUUAAACCUGAGCGGGGGGAGAGAGCGCCCCCUGGCUGGACCCCCGUCUGCGAGCGCCCUCGGGCCCGGGAACGCCCGCCCUCCCGCGAGAGAGCGCCGCCCCCUUCUGCCCCCAGGGAGCGCGCGAGGGGCAGCGGGGAAGGGGGUGUGGCCGAGGGCGGGGCAGAGGGGGAGGAGCCCUGCGCGGGGACCCGCACCCCGACCAAGAGCAGCAUCCCGGUGCGGGUCGGCCAGCGGCCGGCGGCCCUGAUGAAGGCGCACAGCGACGCCGUGAGCCGCCGUGAGCUCAGGGAGGCCAGGGAGGGCGUGGCCACGGGCGGGGCGGAGCCGGGGUCUCCCGCCAGCCCCGGCGUGAGCCACGCCUGGCUGCCGUGGACGGAGAGCAGCUGCAGGCCUGGCCUUCGCCAUGGAGACCGAGCAAAAGAUCGAGUCAGGGCGGUGGGAGGAGCCAUGGAAAGAGAACACCUGGGAGGCGGGGCAGUGGGAGGAGCCAUGGAAAGAGAACACCUGGGAGGCGGGGCAGUGGGAGGAGCCAUGGAAAGAGAAUACCUGGGAGGCGGGGCAGUAGGAGGAGCCAUGGAAAGAGAACACCUUGGAGGCGGGGCAGUAGGAGGAGCCAUGGAAAGAGAACACCUGGGAGGCGGGGCAGUGGGAGGAGCCAUGGAAAGAGAAGUCCGUGGGGCGGUGGGAGGAGCCAUGGAGAGAGAAGUCCUGGGAGGCGGGGCGGUGCGCAGAGGUGGGGCAGCCACAAGGGACAGCCCCAGGACUGAGAGACUGAAGGCGGGGUCCACCUCACUCCCCGCCCCCCUCACCCUGGUCCCCAAACCCCCACGGAAGGGCAAGAGCCGCACCCUGGACAACAGCGACCUGCACGUCCUGUCCGAAGACCUCCGCAGAGGGGCGGAGCGCCUGGCCUGCCCCGCCCCCGGCUCCGCCCCGACCGUGCUGCAGGGCCAGGCUCAGCGGGCGUCAGCUCGGGACCACAAAAUGCUCAAAUUCAUCAGCGGGAUUUUUGCCAAGAGCACCCCCAUCCCGACUAGCCCUGCCUCCUCUGUGUCCCCCUAUGGCUCCAUCCAGAGGGAGUCCAGUGAAGAGGACGCAUCCUGCGCUCUCAGUCAGGAGUGGACUCUGAGCCGCUCAGUCCCGGAGCUGCAUCUGGGGGUUCUGGGUAGCCGACGCAGCGGAAAAUCCGCUCUGGUCCACAAAUUCACCACUGGGGCCUACCUUCCCCUGGAGAACCAAGAAGGAGGCAGGUAUAAGAAGGAGGUGCUAGCAGAUGGUCAGAGUCACCUGCUGCUGAUCAGAGAGGAGUCAACGCUGCCAGAUGCACAGUUCUGCAGCUGGGUGGAUGCAGUUAUCCUGGUGUUCAGCCUGGAGAACGAGGCCAGCUUCCAGGAGGUCUACAAGAACUACAGCCAUCUUUGUGCGCACCGCAAUAUCGCGGAGAUUCCUCUGAUCGUGGUUGGAACCCAGGAUAAGAUCAGCAACACAAACCCACGGGUGAUCGAGGACGCUCGCGCUCGCCAGCUGUGUUCAGACGUGCGUCGCUGCUCGUACUACGAGACCUGCGCCACCUACGGGCUGAAUGUGGAGCGCGUCUUCACUGAGGCUGCCCAGAGGGUGGCAGUAAUGAAGAGGCAUAUGUCUGUUGCUGCCCCCUGUAAAUCCCUCCCCAGCUCCCCCAGCCACUCAGGAGCCUCCACCCCGGUGUCCGGAGCCUACCCUGGACAGGCCAGUAAUGGGGCCCAGAGCAGUGACUACUCGUCCUCCCUCCCCUCCACACCGGUGGUCAGCCAUAAGGACAUGGGGAGGGGGGUGGCGGGGGGGGACGCGGGCGGGAGCGCCACCCCAGGGCCCCAGCGCAACGUGCCCCGGAGACGCACCUCCCUCUUCACAAACCGCCGGGGUAGCGACUCAGAGAAGCGUGCUUCGGACAGCAAGGCGGACCCUAGCGUCGGGAGGGGAACCCCCAUUAGACAGGGCUUUCUAUGGAAGCGGAGUGGGAGCUCACUCAAUAAGGAGUGGAAGAAGAAGUACGUCACGCUGGCCAGUAACGGGAUGCUGGCCUACCACACCAGCGUCAACGACUACAUGCAGAACGUCCACGGAAAGGAGAUGGAUCUGUUGCGGGUGACGGUGAAGGUGCCGGGGAAGCGCCCGCCCCGCGCCGUCAUUUCCGCCACCCCGUCGCCCGGCCUCAACGGCGUGGUCAAGGACACGCCCCCCGGGCCCGAGGGGGCCGCUGCGGUUCCUGUUUCUUCUCCCACUGCCCUCCUGACGGUGGACGAGGGGGGCGGGUCCGGCCCGUCCCCGCGGGCGGACAAGGUGCUGAAGCGCUGUCCCUCCACGCUGUCCAAUAAGGCUGUGAGCAUGGACACCGCUGCCGAGGCGACGGCCAGCCCUGCCGCCAGAGACCGCGCCCCCUCCUCCCCGGCAGCCGAGAGGAAGAAGCACAGGAGGAAGAAGAGCAUGAGUCAGAAAGGAGAUUCCGCACUUGGGCAGGCAGAGGCCAAGCGCAAAAUGUGGAAAUUGAAAAACUUUGGUAGUUUGAGAAACAUUUACAAGACAGAGGAGGAGAACGCAGACUUCAUUAUGGUGUCCAGCUCGGGCCAGAUGUGGCACUUUGAGGCACAGAGCAUGGAGGACCGGGAUGCCUGGGUCCAGGCCAUCGAGAGCCAGAUCCUGGCCAGCCUGCAGUCCUGCGAGAGCAGCAGAAACAAGGCGCGGAGGAACAGCCAGAGUGAAGCGGUAGCCGUACAGGCAAUCCGUAAUGCCAGGGGCAACGGCCAGUGUGUGGACUGCGGAGCACCCAACCCGACGUGGGCCAGCCUGAACCUGGGGGCGCUGAUCUGCAUCGAGUGCUCGGGGAUCCACCGUAACCUGGGCACCCACCUGUCGCGCGUGCGCUCGCUGGACCUGGACGACUGGCCGCGCGAGCUCACCCUGGUCCUCAGCGCCAUCGGCAACCACACCGCCAACAACGUGUGGGAGAGCCGCACCCUGGGCCACCAGAAGCCCCGGCCUGACGCCUCGCGAGAGGAGCGGGAGUCCUGGAUCCGGGCCAAGUACGAGCAGAAGCUGUUUGUGGCGCCGUUGCCGGCGGCGAUGGGGAGCGCGGCCACCCGGCUGCUCUCGGCGGUGACCCAGAGGGACCUGCCCGCCCUCCUCCUCCUGCUGGCCCACAGCACCAAGGAGGAGAUCAACGCCCCCGCCACGCCCGUCACGCCCACCACGCCCACCACCGCCGCCAGCCCCCGCCACGUCCGCACCGCCCUGCACGCCGCCUGCCAGCUCGGCGACGUGGUCAUGACCCAGCUGCUGGUCUGGUACGGGAGCGAUGUGAGGGGGCGGGACUCCCUGGGCCAGACCGCCCUCGCCCUGGCGCGACAGUCGGGCAGCCAGGAGUGCGCCGACAUCCUGCUGCAGCACGGCUGCCCCAGCGACGCCCCCCCCGCCCUCCUCACGCCUGGUCUGCGCCGCAAGAGCAGCACCGCCAGCCUGAGCCGCGCCAACUCCAGGAGAGGGGUGUCCUAACUCCCCUUGGUAGCCGAAUGGUUAGCUCAGCAGCCGUUUCUCGUGGCGAAGGGGAGUCGGAAUCGGCUGCUGUCCUGAAGGUGAAUGGAUCCUUGCACUUGUCUUCACAAGAAUCUUGUGUGUGUCUGUGCCUUUUCGCAGAUGGAUUUCUAUGUUUAAAAAAAAAAUCAUAUUAAGACUUUUGAAUUCAAAACUGAACCAACAACAGGGAGAGCCUGCCAAAAAGACUCUCAAAACAGAAGAACAGGCACGACUAUACUUACAAAUGAAAAGCACAGAAACAAUUUAACAAAACAAAAGCAAUAGAUGUUUUCUCUGACUGAUGUGGAUUGCCAUUUGGUGGCUAUCUGUCGCCAUAUUGUUUUUUUUUGUUUUUUUGUUUGGCAAAGCUGAUGUAUUGCGUUAAAGAAAUUGCUGAACAUUCGAAGGAUUCAAAGCACAAGCAAACGACGCGUCACCAGGCAAGGCUCCGUGUUCAGGCCCCAUGGCCUUUGGGUGUCAGUGACCUCACUUCCUGCUCACCUGCGUGGGAAUCCCAGAGCACGCCUACUGGACUGCUUCUCAUCCUUCCGCACAUACGCUAGUCCUCUUUAUUUCACGCUUCACGCUUGCCCCCAGACAAGAUUCGCUUCAACUGUUCAACCACACCGACUCCAACCCCGUGUGUGCAAGCACCAGCAAGACACAGAGAGAAGUAAAUUAACACAAGGAAUUAUUUGGAUCUGUUUUCAAAAGAUUCACUUCCACAGACAGAAGGAGAAAGAUCUGGAAUGGGGACUGAAAUCUGUAUUUCAGGAUGAAUUCCUCGGAGCGUUAGCUUUCGGUCAUGCUAAACCAGUCAGCCGCCAGUGUGACUGGGACGUGUGAGUGAUGUGAACAGGACGUGUGAGUGAUGUGAACAGGGCGUGUGAGUGAUGUCAACAGGACGUGUGAGUGAUGUGAACAGGAUGUCCAGUUCUGGAGGCUCUCAGUGUCUUUAAACCCCCCAGCAUGUACAGUGCUGUGCAAAAGCCUUAGGCAUCUGUAAAAAAAAAUGCUGUACAGCUAAGAUGCUUUCAAAAAUAAUGAAAUGAAGGGUUAUAAAUAUUGAAAAAAAUAAUAUAAAGAGCAGUAAAUAGUU